AUGCCCCCUUGGCCCUACAUCGCUCAUCUCCAUCUUACCGAGCACACCGAAGGUCGCCGACGCCGUGACCGCCACCCCAAGGCGUCCCGUGCCCCCAAGCGCAACCACAAGAUGGGAAACGAGGAAUCCACCAUGGCGGACGAGAGUCUCACACCUGAGACCCUGUCCGGCCGCAACCUCAAGGCCGUCGCCGACUACAUCAAGGCAGGCAAGGCCGAACGCAUCGUCGUCAUGACCGAUCGAGACCAGCCUCCGAUGGCAAAGUUUCUCCAACGUGAAAACACAUCUGCCUCACCGAGCCGCCCCCCCGCUGACCCGUCCGCAGUACCCGACUUUCGCUCCCCCGGCACAGGCCUCUACGCCAACCUCGCCCGCCUCAAGCUCCCCUACGCCGAGGCCGUCUUCGACAUUGACUACUUCCGCAAGCACCCGGAGCCGUUCUACUGCCUCGCCAAGGAGCUCUACCCGGGCCACUUCCACCCGACCGUAUCGCACGCCUUCAUCGCGCUCCUCGCGCACAAGGGCCUGCUGCUCAUGAACUUUACCCAAAACAUCGACUGCCUCGAGCGCCGCGCCGGCGUGCCGAGCGACCUCAUCAUCGAGGCCCACGGCAGCUUCGCCACCCAGCGCUGCAUCGCCUGCCAGGCGCCCUUUCCCGACGACGCCAUGCGCCGCCACGUGCUGGACGAGGUCGUGCCGCGCUGCGCCGACGCGGCGUGCAGCGGCAGCGGUGGUGGCGACGGCGGCGGCGGCGGCGGCCUCGUGAAGCCCGAUAUCGUCUUCUUCGGCGAGGCCCUGCCGGCGCGCUUCCGCGACAACACGCACCUCGCCGCGCGCGCCGACCUCGUCCUCGUCCUCGGCACGAGCCUCAGCGUCUACCCCUUUGCCGGCCUGCCCGAGCACGCGCGCCCCGGCGUGCCGCGCCUGCUGCUGAACAGGGAGCGCGUCGGGCGCGUCGGGCAGCGCGCCGACGACGUCGUCUAG